AUGGCGGAAGAAGAGAGUACAUUGGACGAUAUUGAACAGCUAGAUUUUUUAAAAGACAGACAUGUACGAUUUUUUCAAAGAUCCCUUCAAGUAUUACCAGAGAGAUACUCAUCCUUGGAAACAAGCAGAUUAACGAUUGUGUUCUUUGCUCUCUCUGGACUUGACGUUCUCGAUUCACUGGACGUAAUAGACAAGCCGAGCUUGAUAGAGUGGAUAUACUCGUUACAAGUUCUCCCCACUGAAGACCAAUCCAACCUGUGGAGAUGUGGUUUUCGUGGUUCCUCUCAUGUUGGAGUCCCGUACAACUCCUCAAAGGGCCCGGGGACCUCUCACCCUUACGACAGCGGCCACGUGGCCAUGACCUACACGGGCCUAGCGUGCCUCAUCGUCCUGGGUGACGACCUGAGCCGGGUCAACAAGGAGGCCUGUCUGGCCGGAUUAAGGGCUCUGCAGCUGGAGGACGGAAGUUUCUAUGCCGUACCGGAGGGAAGUGAGAACGACAUGCGGUUUGUUUACUGCGCUGCAUGCAUCUGCUUCAUGCUCGACGACUGGUCAGGCAUGGACAUCAAAAAAGCCAUGGACUACAUCAGGAGAAGUAUGUCAUAUGACAACGGCAUUGGCCAGGGAGCCGGUCUGGAGUCCCAUGGUGGCUCCACGUUCUGUGCUGUCGCGGCCCUGUGUCUGAUGGGGAAACUAGAGGAAAUGUUCAGCGAGAAAGAGCUGAACAGGAUUCGUCGCUGGUGCAUCAUGAGACAACAGAACGGUUUCCACGGGCGCCCCAACAAACCCGUUGACACUUGCUACUCCUUUUGGGUGGGCGCCACGCUAGAGCUUUUAGAUGUUUUCCGGUACACGAAUUUCGAGAAGAACCGGAACUACAUCCUGUCCACCCAAGACCGUUUGGUAGGAGGUUUUGCUAAGUGGCCCGACAGUCACCCAGACCCACUGCACGCCUACUUUGGCAUCUGCGGCCUGUCACUGAUAGGGGAGUCCAACCUCCAGCGAGUGCACCCCGCCCUAAACGUGAGCGAAAGAGCCUUCAAGCGUCUGGAGCAGCUGCACCAGUCGUGGAGAGAAAGCUCCUGCACAUGACAGGAGCUCUCUGCCUCCGCCUUCUCCUCCUCCUCCACUCCUCCACCUCCACCUGCCACUCGCAUGAACAACAGAACCAUAGCCUCUCUAAGCAAUGUGCAG